AUGCCCCUCCCACCUCUCCCUCAUGCCCCUCCCACCUCUCCCUCAUGCCCCUCGCAGCGCACCUUGAUAGCCCGCCGGUUGAACAGGCUGUACAGCUGCAGCAUGCGCUUCACUCCACCCACCGCCUUCUCAUCCUCAUUGUCCCCCUCCCUUUCCUCCUCGUCCCCCUCCCACCUCUCCCUCAUGCCCCUCCCACCUCACCCUCAUGCCCUCCCACCUCUCCCUCAUGCCCCUCCCACCUCUCCCUCAUGCCCCUCCCACCUCACCCUCAUGCCCUCCCACCUCACCCUCAUGCCCCUCCCACCUCACCCUCAUGCCCCUCCCAACUCUCCCUCAUGCCCUCCCACCACACCCUCAUGCCCCUCCCACCUCACCCUCAUGCCCUCCCACCUCUCCCUCAUGCCCCUCCCACCUCUCCCUCAUGCCCCUCCCACCUCACCCUCAUGCCCUCCCACCUCACCCUCAUGCCCCUCCCACCUCACCCUCAUGCCCUCCCACCUCACCCUCAUGCCCCUCCCACCUCACCCUCAUGCCCCUCCCACCUCACCCUCAUGCCCUCCCACCUCACCCUCAUGCCCCUCCCACCUCACCCUCAUGCCCUCCCACCUCUCCCUCAUGCCCCUCCCACCUCUCCCUCAUGCCCCUCCCACCUCACCCUCAUGCCCUCCCACCUCACCCUCAUGCCCUCCCACCUCACCCUCAUGCCCCUCCCACCUCACCCUCAUGCCCCUCCCACCUCUCCCUCAUGCCCUCCCACCUCACCCUCAUGCCCUCCCACCUCUCCCUCAUGCCCCUCCCACCUCUCCCUCAUGCCCCUCCCACCUCACCCUCAUGCCCCUCCCACCUCUCCCUCAUGCCCUCCCACCUCUCCCUCAUGCCCUCCCACCUCACCUUCAUGCCCUCCCACCUCUCCCUCAUGCCCCUCCCACCUCUCCCUCAUGCCCCUUCCACCUCACCCUCAUGCCCUCCCACCUCACCCUCAUGCCCCUCCCACCUCACCCUCAUGCCCCUCCCACCUCACCCUCAUGCCCCUCCCACCUCUCCCUCAUGCCCCUCCCACCUCACCCUCAUGCCCCUCCCACCUCACCCUCAUGCCCCUCCCACCUCUCCCUCAUGCCCCUACCACCUCUCCCUCAUGCCCCUCCCACCUCUCCCUCAUGCCCCUCCCACCUCACCCUCAUGCCCUCCCACCUCACCCUCAUGCCCUCCCACCUCACCCUCAUGCCCCUCCCACCUCACCCUCAUGCCCCUCACACCUCUCCCUCAUGCCCUCCCACCUCACCCUCAUGCCCUCCCACCUCUCCCUCAUGCCCCUCCCACCUCUCCCUCAUGCCCCUCCCACCUCACCCUCAUGCCCCUCCCACCUCUCCCUCAUGCCCUCCCACCUCUCCCUCAUGCCCUCCCACCUCACCCUCAUGCCCUCCCACCUCUCCCUCAUGCCCCUCCCACCUCUCCCUCAUGCCCCUCCCACCUCACCCUCAUGCCCUCCCACCUCACCCUCAUGCCCCUCCCACCUCACCCUCAUGCCCCUCCCACCUCACCCUCAUGCCCCUCCCACCUCUCCCUCAUGCCACUCCCACCUCACCCUCAUGCCCCUCCCACCUCACCCUCAUACCCCUCCCACCUCUCCCUCGUGCCCCUCCCACCUCACCCUCAUGCCCCUCCCACCUCUCCCUCAUGCCCCUCCCACCUCUCCCUCAUGCCCCUCCCACCUCACCCUCAUGCCCUCCCACCUCACCCUCAUGCCCUCCCACCUCUCCCUCAUGCCCCUCCCUCCUCUCCCUCAUGCCCCUCCCACCUCACCCUCAUGCCCCUCCCACCUCUCCCUCAUGCCCUCCCACCUCUCCCUCAUGCCCUCCCACCUCACCCUCAUGCCCUCCCACCUCUCCCUCAUGCCCCUCCCACCUCUCCCUCAUGCCCCUCCCACCUCACCCUCAUGCCCCUCCCACCUCACCCUCAUGCCCCUCACACCUCUCCCUCAUGCCCUCCCACCUCACCCUCAUGCCCUCCCACCUCUCCCUCAUGCCCCUCCCACCUCUCCCUCAUGCCCCUCCCACCUCACCCUCAUGCCCCUCCCACCUCUCCCUCAUGCCCUCCCACCUCUCCCUCAUGCCCUCCCACCUCACCCUCAUGCCCUCCCACCUCUCCCUCAUGCCCCUCCCACCUCUCCCUCAUGCCCCUCCCACCUCACCCUCAUGCCCUCCCACCUCACCAUCAUGCCCCUCCCACCUCACCCUCAUGCCCCUCCCACCUCACCCUCAUGCCCCUCCCACCUCUCCCUCAUGCCCCUCCCACCUCACCCUCAUGCCCCUCCCACCUCACCCUCAUACCCCUCCCACCUCUCCCUCGUGCCCCUCCCACCUCACCCUCAUGCCCCUCCCACCUCUCCCUCAUGCCCCUCCCACCUCUCCCUCAUGCCCCUCCCACCUCACCCUCAUGCCCUCCCACCUCACCCUCAUGCCCUCCCACCUCUCCCUCAUGCCCCUCCCACCUCUCCCUCAUGCCCCUCCCACCUCACCCUCAUGCCCCUCCCACCUCUCCCUCAUGCCCUCCCACCUCUCCCUCAUGCCCUCCCACCUCACCCUCAUGCCCUCCCACCUCUCCCUCAUGCCCCUCCCACCUCUCCCUCAUGCCCCUCCCACCUCACCCUCAUGCCCUCCCACCUCACCCUCAUGCCCCUCCCACCUCACCCUCAUGCCCCUCCCACCUCACCCUCAUGCCCCUCCCACCUCUCCCUCAUGCCCCUCCCACCUCACCCUCAUGCCCCUCCCACCUCACCCUCAUGCCCCUCCCACCUCUCCCUCAUGCCCCUCCCACCUCACCCUCAUGCCCCUCCCACCUCACCCUCAUGCCCCUCCCACCUCACCCUCAUGCCCCUCCCACCUCUCCCUCAUGCCCCUCCCACCUCUCCCUCAUGCCCCUCCCACCUCACCCUCAUGCCCUCCCACCUCACCCUCAUGCCCUCCCACCUCACCCUCAUGCCCCUCCCACCUCACCCUCAUGCCCCUCCCACCUCUCCCUCAUGCCCCUCCCACCUCUCCCUCAUGCCCCUCCCACCUCACCGUCAUGCCCCUCCCACCUCACCCUCAUGCCCUCCCACCUCACCCUCAUGCCCCUCCCACCUCACCCUCAUGCCCUCCCACCUCACCCUCAUGCCCUCCCACCUCACCCUCAUGCCCCUCCCACCUCACCCUCAUGCCCCUCCCACCUCUCCCUCAUGCCCCUCCCACCUCUCCCUCGUGCCCCUCCCACCUCACCCUCAUGCCCCUCCCACCUCUCCCUCAUGCCCCUCCCACCUCUCCCUCAUGCCCCUCCCACCUCACCCUCAUGCCCUCCCACCUCACCCUCAUGCCCUCCCACCUCACCCUCAUGCCCCUCCCACCUCACCCUCAUGCCCCUCCCACCUCACCCUCAUGCCCCUCCCACCUCACCCUCAUGCCCCUCCCACCUCACCCUCAUGCCCCUCCCACCUCUCCUUCAUGCCCCUCCCACCUCACCCUCAUGCCCCUCCCACCUCACCCUCAUGCCCCUCCCACCUCUCCCUCAUGCCCCUCCCACCUCACCCUCAUGCCCCUCCCACCUCUCCCUCAUGCCCCUCCCACCUCUCCCUCAUGCCCCUCCCACCUCUCCCUCAUGCCCCUCCCACCUCACCCUCAUGCCCUCCCACCUCACCCUCAUGCCCUCCCACCUCUCCCUCAUGCCCCUCCCACCUCUCCCUCAUGCCCCUCCCACCUCUCCCUCAUGCCCCUCCCACCUCUCCCUCAUGCCCCUCCCACCUCUCCCUCAUGCCCCUCCCACCUCACCCUCAUGCCCCUCCCACCUCACCCUCAUACCCCUCCCACCUCUCCCUCGUGCCCCUCCCACCUCACCCUCAUGCCCCUCCCACCUCUCCCUCAUGCCCCUCCCACCUCUCCCUCAUGCCCCUCCCACCUCACCCUCAUGCCCUCCCACCUCACCCUCAUGCCCUCCCACCUCUCCCUCAUGCCCCUCCCACCUCUCCCUCAUGCCCCUCCCACCUCACCCUCAUGCCCCUCCCACCUCUCCCUCAUGCCCUCCCACCUCUCCCUCAUGCCCUCCCACCUCACCCUCAUGCCCUCCCACCUCUCCCUCAUGCCCCUCCCACCUCUCCCUCAUGCCCCUCCCACCUCACCCUCAUGCCCCUCCCACCUCUCCCUCAUGCCCUCCCACCUCUCCCUCAUGCCCUCCCACCUCACCCUCAUGCCCUCCCACCUCUCCCUCAUGCCCCUCCCACCUCUCCCUCAUGCCCCUCCCACCUCAUCCUCAUGCCCCUCCCACCUCUCCCUCAUGCCCCUCCCACCUCACCCUCAUGCCCCUCCCACCUCUCCCUCAUGCCCCUCCCACCUCUCCCUCAUGCCCCUCCCACCUCACCCUCAUGCCCCUCCCACCUCACCCUCAUGCCCUCCCACCUCUCCCUCAUGCCCUCCCACCUCACCCACAUGCCCUCCCACCUCUCCCUCAUGCCCCUCCCACCUCUCCCUCAUGCCCCUCCCACCUCACCCUCAUGCCCUCCCACCUCACCCUCAUGCCCCUCCCACCUCACCCUCAUGCCCCUCCCACCUCACCCUCAUGCCCCUCCCACCUCUCCCUCAUGCCCCUCCCUCCUCACCCUCAUGCCCCUCCCACCUCACCCUCAUACCCCUCCCACCUCUCCCUCGUGCCCCUCCCACCUCACCCUCAUGCCCCUCCCACCUCUCCCUCAUGCCCCUCCCACCUCUCCCUCAUGCCCCUCCCACCUCUCCCUCAUGCCCCUCCCACCUCACCCUCAUGCCCUCCCACCUCACCCUCAUGCCCCUCCCACCUCACCCUCAUGCCCCUCCCACCUCACCCUCAUGCCCCUCCCACCUCUCCCUCAUGCCCCUCCCUCCUCACCCUCAUGCCCCUCCCACCUCACCCUCAUACCCCUCCCACCUCUCCCUCGUGCCCCUCCCACCUCACCCUCAUGCCCCUCCCACCUCUCCCUCAUGCCCCUCCCACCUCUCCCUCAUGCCCCUCCCACCUCUCCCUCAUGCCCCUCCCACCUCACCCUCAUGCCCCUCCCACCUCACCCUCAUGCCCUCCCACCUCUCCCUCAUGCCCUCCCACCUCACCCACAUGCCCUCCCACCUCUCCCUCAUGCCCCUCCCACCUCUCCCUCAUGCCCCUCCCACCUCACCCUCAUGCCCUCCCACCUCACCCUCAUGCCCCUCCCACCUCACCCUCAUGCCCCUCCCACCUCACCCUCAUGCCCCUCCCACCUCUCCCUCAUGCCCCUCCCUCCUCACCCUCAUGCCCCUCCCACCUCACCCUCAUACCCCUCCCACCUCUCCCUCGUGCCCCUCCCACCUCACCCUCAUGCCCCUCCCACCUCUCCCUCAUGCCCCUCCCACCUCUCCCUCAUGCCCCUCCCACCUCUCCCUCAUGCCCCUCCCACCUCACCCUCAUGCCCUCCCACCUCACCCUCAUGCCCUCCCACCUCUCCCUCAUGCCCCUCCCACCUCUCCCUCAUGCCCCUCACACCUCACCCUCAUGCCCCUCCCACCUCUCCCUCAUGCCCUCCCACCUCUCCCUCAUGCCCUCCCACCUCACCCUCAUGCCCUCCCACUUCUCCCUCAUGCCCCUCCCACCUCUCCCUCAUGCCCCUCCCACCUCACCCUCAUGCCCUCCCACCUCACCCUCAUGCCCCUCCCACCUCACCCUCAUGCCCCUCCCACCUCACCCUCAUGCCCCUCCCACCUCUCCCUCAUGCCCCUCCCACCUCACCCUCAUGCCCCUCCCACCUCACCCUCAUGCCCCUCCCACCUCUCCCUCAUGCCCCUCCCACCUCACCCUCAUGCCCCUCCCACCUCACCCUCAUGCCCCUCCCACCUCACCCUCAUGCCCUCCCACCUCUCCCUCAUGCCCUCCCACCUCACCCUCAUGCCCUCCCACCUCUCCCUCAUGCCCCUCCCACCUCUCCCUCAUGCCCCUCCCACCUCACCCUCAUGCCCCUCCCACCUCUCCCUCAUGCCCUCCCACCUCUCCCUCAUGCCCUCCCACCUCACCCUCAUGCCCUCCCACCUCUCCCUCAUGCCCCUCCCACCUCUCCCUCAUGCCCCUCCCACCUCUCCCUCAUGCCCCUCCCACCUCACCCUCAUGCCCCUCCCACCUCUCCCUCAUGCCCCUCCCACCUCUCCCUCAUGCCCCUCCCACCUCACCCUCAUGCCCUCCCACCUCACCCUCAUGCCCUCCCACCUCACCCUCAUGCCCCUCCCACCUCACCCUCAUGCCCCUCCCACCUCUCCCUCAUGCCCCUCCCACCUCUCCCUCAUGCCCCUCCCACCUCACCCUCAUGCCCCUCCCACCUCACCCUCAUGCCCUCCCACCUCUCCCUCAUGCCCUCCCACCUCACCCACAUGCCCUCCCACCUCUCCCUCAUGCCCCUCCCACCUCUCCCUCAUGCCCCUCCCACCUCACCCUCAUGCCCUCCCACCUCACCCUCAUGCCCCUCCCACCUCACCCUCAUGCCCCUCCCACCUCACCCUCAUGCCCCUCCCACCUCUCCCUCAUGCCCCUCCCUCCUCACCCUCAUGCCCCUCCCACCUCACCCUCAUACCCCUCCCACCUCUCCCUCGUGCCCCUCCCACCUCACCCUCAUGCCCCUCCCACCUCUCCCUCAUGCCCCUCCCACCUCUCCCUCAUGCCCCUCCCACCUCUCCCUCAUGCCCCUCCCACCUCACCCUCAUGCCCUCCCACCUCACCCUCAUGCCCUCCCACCUCUCCCUCAUGCCCCUCCCACCUCACCCUCAUGCCCUCCCACCUCUCCCUCAUGCCCUCCCACCUCACCCUCAUGCCCUCCCACCUCUCCCUCAUGCCCCUCCCACCUCACCCUCAUGCCCCUCCCACCUCUCCCUCAUGCCCUCCCACCUCUCCCUCAUGCCCUCCCACCUCACCCUCAUGCCCUCCCACCUCUCCCUCAUGCCCCUCCCACCUCACCCUCAUGCCCCUCCCACCUCUCCCUCAUGCCCCUCCCACCUCUCCCUCAUGCCCUCCCACCUCACCCUCAUGCCCUCCCACCUCACCCUCAUGCCCCUCCCACCUCACCCUCAUGCCCUCCCACCUCUCCCUCAUGCCCUCCCACCUCACCCUCAUGCCCUCCCACCUCUCCCUCAUGCCCCUCCCACCUCUCCCUCAUGCCCCUCCCACCUCACACUCAUGCCCCUCCCACCUCUCCCUCAUGCCCUCCCACCUCUCCCUCAUGCCCUCCCACCUCACCCUCAUGCCCUCCCACUUCUCCCUCAUGCCCCUCCCACCUCUCCCUCAUGCCCCUCCCACCUCACCCUCAUGCCCUCCCACCUCACCCUCAUGCCCCUCCCACCUCACCCUCAUGCCCCUCCCACCUCACCCUCAUGCCCUCCCACCUCUCCCUCAUGCCCUCCCACCUCACCCUCAUGCCCUCCCACCUCUCCCUCAUGCCCCUCCCACCUCACCCUCAUGCCCUCCCACCUCUCCCUCAUGCCCCUCCCACCUCACCCUCAUGCCCCUCCCACCUCUCCCUCAUGCCCCUCCCACCUCACCCUCAUGCCCCUCCCACCUCACCCUCAUGCCCUCCCACCUCACCCUCAUGCCCCUCCCACCUCACCCUCAUGCCCCUCCCACCUCUCCCUCAUGCCCCUCCCACCUCUCCCUCAUGCCCCUCCCACCUCACCCUCAUGCCCCUCCCACCUCACCCUCAUGCCCUCCCACCUCUCCCUCAUGCCCUCCCACCUCACCCACAUGCCCUCCCACCUCUCCCUCAUGCCCCUCCCACCUCUCCCUCAUGCCCCUCCCACCUCACCCUCAUGCCCCUCCCACCUCUCCCUCAUGCCCUCCCACCUCUCCCUCAUGCCCUCCCACCUCACCCUCAUGCCCUCCCACCUCUCCCUCAUGCCCCUCCCACCUCACCCUCAUGCCCCUCCCACCUCUCCCUCAUGCCCCUCCCACCUCUCCCUCAUGCCCUCCCACCUCACCCUCAUGCCCUCCCACCUCACCCUCAUGCCCCUCCCACCUCACCCUCAUGCCCUCCCACCUCUCCCUCAUGCCCUCCCACCUCACCCUCAUGCCCUCCCACCUCUCCCUCAUGCCCCUCCCACCUCUCCCUCAUGCCCCUCCCACCUCACACUCAUGCCCCUCCCACCUCUCCCUCAUGCCCUCCCACCUCUCCCUCAUGCCCUCCCACCUCACCCUCAUGCCCUCCCACUUCUCCCUCAUGCCCCUCCCACCUCUCCCUCAUGCCCCUCCCACCUCACCCUCAUGCCCUCCCACCUCACCCUCAUGCCCCUCCCACCUCACCCUCAUGCCCCUCCCACCUCACCCUCAUGCCCUCCCACCUCUCCCUCAUGCCCUCCCACCUCACCCUCAUGCCCUCCCACCUCUCCCUCAUGCCCCUCCCACCUCACCCUCAUGCCCUCCCACCUCUCCCUCAUGCCCCUCCCACCUCACCCUCAUGCCCUCCCACCUCUCCCUCAUGCCCUCCCACCUCACCCUCAUGCCCUCCCACCUCUCCCUCAUGCCCCUCCCACCUCUCCCUCAUGCCCCUCCCACCUCACCCUCAUGCCCCUCCCACCUCUCCCUCAUGCCCUCCCACCUCUCCCUCAUGCCCUCCCACCUCACCCUCAUGCCCUCCCACCUCUCCCUCAUGCCCCUCCCACCUCACCCUCAUGCCCCUCCCACCUCUCCCUCAUGCCCCUCCCACCUCUCCCUCAUGCCCCUCCCACCUCUCCCUCAUGCCCCUCCCACCUCUCCCUCAUGCCCCUCCCACCUCACCCUCAUGCCCUCCCACCUCACCCUCAUGCCCCUCCCACCUCACCCUCAUGCCCCUCCCACCUCACCCUCAUGCCCCUCCCACCUCUCCCUCAUGCCCCUCCCACCUCACCCUCAUGCCCCUCCCACCUCACCCUCAUACCCCUCCCACCUCUCCCUCGUGCCCCUCCCACCUCACCCUCAUGCCCCUCCCACCUCUCCCUCAUGCCCCUCCCACCUCUCCCUCAUGCCCCUCCCACCUCUCCCUCAUGCCCCUCCCACCUCACCCUCAUGCCCUCCCACCUCACCCUCAUGCCCUCCCACCUCUCCCUCAUGCCCCUCCCACCUCUCCCUCAUGCCCCUCCCACCUCACCCUCAUGCCCCUCCCACCUCUCCCUCAUGCCCUCCCACCUCUCCCUCAUGCCCUCCCACCUCACCCUCAUGCCCUCCCACCUCUCCCUCAUGCCCCUCCCACCUCUCCCUCAUGCCCCUCCCACCUCACCCUCAUGCCCUCCCACCUCACCCUCAUGCCCCUCCCACCUCACCCUCAUGCCCCUCCCACCUCUCCCUCAUGCCCCUCCCACCUCACCCUCAUGCCCCUCCCACCUCACCCUCAUGCCCCUCCCACCUCACCCUCAUGCCCCUCCCACCUCACCCUCAUGCCCCUCCCACCUCACCCUCAUGCCCCUCCCACCUCUCCCCCAUGCCCCUCCCACCUCACCCUCAUGCCCCUCCCACCUCACCCUCAUGCCCCUCCCACCUCUCCCUCAUGCCCCUCCCACCUCACCCUCAUGCCCCUCCCACCUCACCCUCAUGCCCCUCCCACCUCACCCUCAUGCCCCUCCCACCUCUCCCUCAUGCCCCUCCCACCUCUCCCUCAUGCCCCUCCCACCUCACCCUCAUGCCCUCCCACCUCACCCUCAUGCCCUCCCACCUCACCCUCAUGCCCCUAUCACCUCACCCUCAUGCCCCUCCCACCUCACCCUCAUGCCCCUAUCACCUCACCCUCAUACCCCUCCCACCUCUCCCUCGUGCCCCUCCCACCUCACCCUCAUGCCCCUCCCACCUCACCCUCAUGCCCCUAUCACCUCACCCUCAUACCCCUCCCACCUCUCCCUCGUGCCCCUCCCACCUCACCCUCAUGCCCCUCCCACCUCUCCCUCAUGCCCCUCCCACCUCUCCCUCAUGCCCCUCCCACCUCUCCCUCAUGCCCCUCCCACCUCACCCUCAUGCCCUCCCACCUCACCCUCAUGCCCUCCCACCUCUCCCUCAUGCCCCUCCCACCUCUCCCUCAUGCCCCUCCCACCUCACCCUCAUGCCCCUCCCACCUCUCCCUCAUGCCCUCCCACCUCUCCCUCAUGCCCUCCCACCUCACCCUCAUGCCCUCCCACCUCUCCCUCAUGCCCCUCCCACCUCUCCCUCAUGCCCCUCCCACCUCACCCUCAUGCCCUCCCACCUCACCCUCAUGCCCCUCCCACCUCACCCUCAUGCCCCUCCCACCUCUCCCUCAUGCCCCUCCCACCUCACCCUCAUGCCCCUCCCACCUCACCCUCAUGCCCCUCCCACCUCACCCUCAUGCCCCUCCCACCUCACCCUCAUGCCCCUCCCACCUCACCCUCAUGCCCCUCCCACCUCUCCCCCAUGCCCCUCCCACCUCACCCUCAUGCCCCUCCCACCUCACCCUCAUGCCCCUCCCACCUCUCCCUCAUGCCCCUCCCACCUCACCCUCAUGCCCCUCCCACCUCACCCUCAUGCCCCUCCCACCUCACCCUCAUGCCCCUCCCACCUCACCCUCAUGCCCCUCCCACCUCACCCUCAUGCCCCUCCCACCUCUCCCCCAUGCCCCUCCCACCUCACCCUCAUGCCCCUCCCACCUCACCCUCAUGCCCCUCCCACCUCUCCCUCAUGCCCCUCCCACCUCACCCUCAUGCCCCUCCCACCUCACCCUCAUGCCCCUCCCACCUCACCCUCAUGCCCCUCCCACCUCUCCCUCAUGCCCCUCCCACCUCACCCUCAUGCCCCUCCCACCUCACCCUCAUACCCCUCCCACCUCUCCCUCGUGCCCCUCCCACCUCACCCUCAUGCCCCUCCCACCUCUCCCUCAUGCCCCUCCCACCUCUCCCUCAUGCCCCUCCCACCUCUCCCUCAUGCCCCUCCCACCUCACCCUCAUGCCCUCCCACCUCACCCUCAUGCCCUCCCACCUCUCCCUCAUGCCCCUCCCACCUCUCCCUCAUGCCCCUCCCACCUCACCCUCAUGCCCCUCCCACCUCUCCCUCAUGCCCUCCCACCUCUCCCUCAUGCCCUCCCACCUCACCCUCAUGCCCCUCCCACCUCUCCCUCAUGCCCCUCCCACCUCACCCUCAUGCCCCUCCCACCUCACCCUCAUGCCCCUCCCACCUCACCCUCAUGCCCCUCCCACCUCACCCUCAUGCCCCUCCCACCUCACCCUCAUGCCCCUCCCACCUCUCCCCCAUGCCCCUCCCACCUCACCCUCAUGCCCCUCCCACCUCACCCUCAUGCCCCUCCCACCUCUCCCUCAUGCCCCUCCCACCUCACCCUCAUGCCCCUCCCACCUCUCCCUCAUGCCCCUCCCACCUCACCCUCAUGCCCCUCCCACCUCUCCCUCAUGCCCCUCCCACCUCUCCCUCAUGCCCCUCCCACCUCACCCUCAUGCCCCUCCCACCUCACCCUCAUGCCCUCCCACCUCUCCCUCAUGCCCUCCCACCUCACCCUCAUGCCCUCCCACCUCUCCCUCAUGCCCCUCCCACCUCACCCUCAUGCCCUCCCACCUCACCCUCAUGCCCCUCCCACCUCACCCUCAUGCCCCUCCCACCUCUCCCUCAUGCCCCUCCCACCUCACCCUCAUGCCCCUCCCACCUCACCCUCAUACCCCUCCCACCUCUCCCUCGUGCCCCUCCCACCUCACCCUCAUGCCCCUCCCACCUCUCCCUCAUGCCCCUCCCACCUCUCCCUCAUGCCCCUCCCACCUCUCCCUCAUGCCCCUCCCACCUCACCCUCAUGCCCUCCCACCUCACCCUCAUGCCCUCCCACCUCUCCCUCAUGCCCCUCCCACCUCUCCCUCAUGCCCCUCCCACCUCACCCUCAUGCCCCUCCCACCUCUCCCUCAUGCCCUCCCACCUCUCCCUCAUGCCCUCCCACCUCACCCUCAUGCCCUCCCACCUCUCCCUCAUGCCCCUCCCACCUCUCCCUCAUGCCCCUCCCACCUCACCCUCAUGCCCUCCCACCUCACCCUCAUGCCCCUCCCACCUCACCCUCAUGCCCCUCCCACCUCUCCCUCAUGCCCCUCCCACCUCACCCUCAUGCCCCUCCCACCUCACCCUCAUGCCCCUCCCACCUCACCCUCAUGCCCCUCCCACCUCACCCUCAUGCCCCUCCCACCUCACCCUCAUGCCCCUCCCACCUCUCCCCCAUGCCCCUCCCACCUCACCCUCAUGCCCCUCCCACCUCACCCUCAUGCCCCUCCCACCUCUCCCUCAUGCCCCUCCCACCUCACCCUCAUGCCCCUCCCACCUCACCCUCAUGCCCCUCCCACCUCACCCUCAUGCCCCUCCCACCUCUCCCUCAUGCCCCUCCCACCUCUCCCUCAUGCCCCUCCCACCUCACCCUCAUGCCCUCCCACCUCACCCUCAUGCCCUCCCACCUCACCCUCAUGCCCCUAUCACCUCACCCUCAUGCCCCUCACACCUCUCCCUCAUGCCCUCCCACCUCACCCUCAUGCCCUCCCACCUCACCCUCAUGCCCCUCCCACCUCACCCUCAUGCCCCUCCCACCUCUCCCUCAUGCCCCUCCCACCUCUCCCUCAUGCCCCUCCCACCUCACCCUCAUGCCCCUCCCACCUCACCCUCAUGCCCUCCCACCUCUCCCUCAUGCCCUCCCACCUCACCCUCAUGCCCUCCCACCUCUCCCUCAUGCCCCUCCCACCUCACCCUCAUGCCCUCCCACCUCACCCUCAUGCCCCUCCCACCUCACCCUCAUGCCCCUCCCACCUCACCCUCAUGCCCCUCCCACCUCUCCCUCAUGCCCCUCCCACCUCACCCUCAUGCCCCUCCCACCUCACCCUCAUACCCCUCCCACCUCUCCCUCGUGCCCCUCCCACCUCACCCUCAUGCCCCUCCCACCUCUCCCUCAUGCCCCUCCCACCUCUCCCUCAUGCCCCUCCCACCUCACCCUCAUGCCCUCCCACCUCACCCUCAUGCCCUCCCACCUCUCCCUCAUGCCCCUCCCACCUCUCCCUCAUGCCCCUCCCACCUCACCCUCAUGCCCCUCCCACCUCUCCCUCAUGCCCUCCCACCUCUCCCUCAUGCCCUCCCACCUCACCCUCAUGCCCUCCCACCUCUCCCUCAUGCCCCUCCCACCUCUCCCUCAUGCCCCUCCCACCUCACCCUCAUGCCCUCCCACCUCACCCUCAUGCCCCUCCCACCUCACCCUCAUGCCCCUCCCACCUCACCCUCAUGCCCCUCCCACCUCUCCCUCAUGCCCCUCCCACCUCACCCUCAUGCCCCUCCCACCUCACCCUCAUGCCCCUCCCACCUCUCCCUCAUGCCCCUCCCACCUCACCCUCAUGCCCCUCCCACCUCACCCUCAUGCCCCUCCCACCUCACCCUCAUGCCCCUCCCACCUCUCCCUCAUGCCCCUCCCACCUCUCCCUCAUGCCCCUCCCACCUCACCCUCAUGCCCUCCCACCUCACCCUCAUGCCCUCCCACCUCACCCUCAUGCCCCUCCCACCUCACCCUCAUGCCCCUCACACCUCUCCCUCAUGCCCUCCCACCUCACCCUCAUGCCCUCCCACCUCUCCCUCAUGCCCCUCCCACCUCUCCCUCAUGCCCCUCCCACCUCACCCUCAUGCCCCUCCCACCUCUCCCUCAUGCCCUCCCACCUCUUCCUCAUGCCCUCCCACCUCACCCUCAUGCCCUCCCACCUCUCCCUCAUGCCCCUCCCACCUCUCCCUCAUGCCCCUCCCACCUCACCCUCAUGCCCUCCCACCUCACCCUCAUGCCCCUCCCACCUCACCCUCAUGCCCCUCCCACCUCACCCUCAUGCCCCUCCCACCUCUCCCUCAUGCCCCUCCCACCUCACCCUCAUGCCCCUCCCACCUCACCCUCAUGCCCCUCCCACCUCUCCCUCAUGCCCCUCCCACCUCACCCUCAUGCCCUCCCACCUCACCCUCAUGCCCCUCCCACCUCACCCUCAUGCCCCUCCCACCUCACCCUCAUGCCCCUCCCACCUCUCCCUCAUGCCCCUCCCACCUCACCCUCAUGCCCCUCCCACCUCACCCUCAUGCCCCUCCCACCUCUCCCUCAUGCCCCUCCCACCUCACCCUCAUGCCCCUCCCACCUCACCCUCAUGCCCCUCCCACCUCACCCUCAUGCCCCUCCCACCUCUCCCUCAUGCCCCUCCCACCUCUCCCUCAUGCCCCUCCCACCUCACCCUCAUGCCCUCCCACCUCACCCUCAUGCCCUCCCACCUCACCCUCAUGCCCCUAUCACCUCACCCUCAUGCCCCUCACACCUCUCCCUCAUGCCCUCCCACCUCACCCUCAUGCCCUCCCACCUCACCCUCAUGCCCCUCCCACCUCACCCUCAUGCCCCUCCCACCUCUCCCUCAUGCCCCUCCCACCUCUCCCUCAUGCCCCUCCCACCUCACCCUCAUGCCCCUCCCACCUCACCCUCAUGCCCUCCCACCUCUCCCUCAUGCCCUCCCACCUCACCCUCAUGCCCUCCCACCUCUCCCUCAUGCCCCUCCCACCUCACCCUCAUGCCCUCCCACCUCACCCUCAUGCCCCUCCCACCUCACCCUCAUGCCCCUCCCACCUCACCCUCAUGCCCCUCCCACCUCUCCCUCAUGCCCCUCCCACCUCUCCCUCAUGCCCCUCCCACCUCACCCUCAUACCCCUCCCACCUCUCCCUCGUGCCCCUCCCACCUCACCCUCAUGCCCCUCCCACCUCUCCCUCAUGCCCCUCCCACCUCUCCCUCAUGCCCCUCCCACCUCACCCUCAUGCCCUCCCACCUCACCCUCAUGCCCUCCCACCUCUCCCUCAUGCCCCUCCCACCUCUCCCUCAUGCCCCUCCCACCUCACCCUCAUGCCCCUCCCACCUCUCCCUCAUGCCCUCCCACCUCUCCCUCAUGCCCUCCCACCUCACCCUCAUGCCCUCCCUCUCCUGCCGCCGCAUUUACGUUCUCAGCUGCCGGCGUCUCAAUCGCCGCGACCUAUCCGCCGUCGCCACUACUCUCGCACCGCUUUUCUUCCUUGCGGGCAUUUCGCCGCCGCCGCCGCUGCUUCACUCGCCGCGGGGCAUUUCGCCGCCGCCGCCACUGCUCCCACUCGCCGCGGGGCAUUUCGCCGCCGCCGCCACUGCUCCCACUCGCCGCGGGGCAUUUCGCCUCCGCCGCCACUACUCCACUCGCCGCGGGGCAUUUCGCCGCCGCCGCCACUGCUCCCACUCGCCGCGGGGCAUUUCGCCGCCGCCGCCUCUGCUCCCACUCGCCGCGGGGCAUUUCGCCGCCGCCACCACUGCUCCCACUCGCCGCGGGGCAUUUCGCCUCCGCCGCCACUGCUCCCACUCGCCGCGGGGCAUUUCGCCUCCGCCGCCACUACUCCACUCGCCGCGGGGCAUUUCGCCGCCGCCGCCACUGCUCCCACUCGCCGCGGGGCAUUUCGCCGCCGCCGCCACUGCUCCCACUCGCCGCGGGGCAUUUCGCCUCCGCCGCCUCUACUCACUCGCUGCGGGCAAUUUGCCGCCGCCACUGCCUCUCCUCGCUGCAAGACACUUCGCCGCGGCUGCUCCUACUCUCCCUCGCCGCCAGGCACUUAGCUACUGCCUCAUCUCUUCCUCCCCGCCGCUCCCUCGACCCUUCCCCACCCCCCCCAUUGCUUCCGCCCACCGUUUCCUCUCCCGCUGCCUCUCUCAUACUAUCUCUGCUCUCCGCCUCUCCUGCCACGCUACUGCUCCCAAUCCUCUCCCACGUGCUGCUACUAACCCCCCUCCUCCUCUCCCUCAGCUUCUAACCUGCCUCGCUUUCGCUCGCUACUAA